UGUGCUGCCAGUCUGUGAGCUGGAGAGACACUCAGGCAACAAACACGAGAAGUUUUCAAAAACAAACUUUAUUUGCAACUUUUCGAAUUUUUUCUUCUCUGUGGAUGCAAGAGUUACUUUUUAAUUUUCCCUUAUUUCCUUUGAGAUUGUUUUUUAACUACAGAAAGCUGCAAUGCUGCCAUUCUACCUCUUAAUGUUUGUUGCCAGCAUCCAAGCCCACGACCAGCUGCUGCCAGGCUCAUGCAACUUUGAAUCCAGCACCUGCGGAUAUAUGUCGGAUCCAGACUUUACAAGCUGGACCCUGCACUCAGAUGGUCAUUUUCUUGCAGUGGAUGCAGCCAUAAAUGAAGAACAGUAUGAUAGCACAGGUUCGGGUACUGGGCCAAAGAGAGAGAUAGCAGGAAUUCUGCUGAGUCCGGUUUUAGAGCAUGAAGACUGGAGUUGCCUGAGGCUUGUCUACCAGAUCACAGAGUCAGGAAGUGUGGAGGUCCUGCAGCGUACCAAAGGAAAGAGCUUUGACAAGCCUCUGUGGAGCAGCCAGGCGCCCUCCGACAGCUGGGUCAUCUCAAGCAUGGAUCUGCCGAACAGCACUGAACCGUUCAGGGUUGUCAUAGAAGGUAAACCUGGAAUGAUUGCUGAGAGCAGCGUGGCCAUCUAUGAGAUCCACAUCAGCCCUGGAUACUGCCUGGAGUGUGAUUUUGAGAAGACUCACCUGUGUGGAUACAAUAACCAGUGGAAUGUAAAUGUAAACUGGUAUGUGGGAGGAGGCCGGAUCCAGCACCUCCACAACGAUAUGCCAGAUGAUCACACAUACCACAACAAGACAGGUCACUUCAUGUACGCGGACUCCGGCUACACCAAGACUUCCAAAGAGGUGGCCAAACUUGCCUCUCCCAUGACAACGGUGCCGAUGUCUGGGUGCUUGAGUUUUCAGUACCAGCGCAGCGAGGGCCGAGGAAACCUGUUCUCUGUGUUCACCCGGGACCGCCUGGGCCAGUACCAGGAGCUAUGGAAGGCUGAGUCAGAAGACCAGAACAACUGGGGCGAAACUCUUGGAGAAUGGAUACCUGUACAGGUGGACCUGAAGGCACCAUAUUCAGUACAGGUGGUCUUUGAAGUGGCUUUUAACAGUCCAAGUGGUGGACAUGUUGCACUUGAUGACAUUUCCUUUUCUUCAGAGUUUUGUAGCACAGACACAGAGCCGACCUUUGACCCCUCCAUCGCCAACUGUGAUUUUGAUUCAGGCCUUUGCCUUUAUACUCAAGACCAGGGGGUGGGGUCGUCAUGGAGGAGAGUGUCUGUGAAGCCCAACAUAUUUAGGAAUGGAGACCACACCACAGGGUCAGGAUCUUUCCUGUUGGCUCACUCCCGACUGGGCCCACGCUCCGGCUACGUUAGUCACAUAACUGGUCCAACUCUGCCUGGGAACAUGAAGUACUGCCUGAGAUUUUACUUUUCUCUGAGGGGAUUCAACCAGACGGAGCAGGCUUUGACUGUUUAUCUGCUGCAGCAGCAGAGCGGCAGCCAAGAGAAGAUCUGGACUCUCGGGGAGAAGUCCAGAGGAAUCUGGAUCGCGGCAGAUGUCACUUUCCAGACGUCACAGCCUUCCAAGGUGGCUUUUGUCAGCACCUGCAGUAGCUUCUGGGAAUGUGGUUCUGUGGCUCUGGACGACAUCAGCGUGAGCCUCGGAGACUGCGAGCUUACAGCAGGUUUGUUGUCGUCUCCUCUCUCCGGAAACUGCGACUUUGAGACAGGGCUGUGUGGUUACGCUCAGACUAAACAGGGCGAUACUGCCGACUGGGAGCUGAGGAGAGGAUCCACCCCAACCUCAUACACCGGACCCAGAGGGGACCACACCACUGGUCUUGGUUACUACCUGUACAUGGAGGCAUCGUCAAUGCUUCCCAGCCACAACGUCCGGCUGCUGUCCCGCCCUUUCAGGGGAGCCAGGGGGCCUCAGUGUCUGCGCUUCUACUACCACAUGUAUGGCUCAGGCACCGGCAAGCUGAGAGUUUUCAUUAACCAGGAUGGAGAGGAUAUGUUGCUGUGGCAACGGAGCGGCGAGCAGAGCUUCGCCUGGCUGAAGGCCCAAGUCGAGUUCAAGAGUGACAGACAGCAUCAGAUUGUCUUUGAGGCAACCAGAGGAUCCUCAGUAAGGAGCGACAUCGCCAUAGAUGACAUUGUUUUGGAAGGGGGACCUUGCCCAGAGACGGAGAUCAGGGCCACCGUGGGAACCUCCAAUGAGAUUGAAUAGGAGACAAACGGCUGCGUAGGAUGCAUGACUUCUCCACAUUUCUCACUUGUUUUUUUUGCACAUUUCAGACGACCCCCAACUUCUGUCAGUCCGAGCGUGUGGACGAAGGAAACCUUUCAUGUAUUUCUGUUUUCAUGGGGCAACACAUAUCAGUUGUGUCACAGUCAGCAUGUCUCUCUGCACUGUAGCAACAGAGGGUGUUAAACUGUGUUUUCCUUCACAUUUAUAUGCAUUAGAUUAAUGCUCAUUGCUUAAAUAAAGCCAGAAUGUUCUUUGA